UGGGAAUAUGAAUGGAAGCACAUGAAACCUUUUGUAGGGAGACACCAUGGAGCUGCCGCAACACUUGCCUGUGUGAUAUUAAUGGGUGGGACGGAGAGGGUGCCCUGACGUUUCCUGUAACACGAGGGGGAGGAGCGAGAGCAUGCAGGUGUGUAAAUGUAUCCACACCUCUCCUGGCUCACAGCUCCCAUGUAAGGACAGGGUACUGCAGAUGAAACUGGAAGGGAUCAAAAUGUUUGAUGAACGAGGGGGACGAUUUGAAGGACUUAACCGCAGGCUCUCAAGGUUAUUUGAAUCCCCACGUCUGUCUGCCACAUCCUCAAGCAGUAAUGAAAAGCUCUCCAGUUCAUCUUCCAUCUGCUCUGAUUCAGAUAGGCCCCUGAGUCUCUUCUCUACAGAGUCCACGGGCUCUUUACGUGAGAGCUGUGACUCUUUUGAAGAUAACAGUGACGCGCCGCUGGGUAACGGAACGUUGGUUCACAACAUGGAACUGGUGACCACAGCAGCAGAAAGCCUACAGGCCACCUACAGGGAGAUGCAGAACGGUCUGAAGAGCAACCACUCACCCAACAAUAAUUCUGCGAAUCGACGUGCCCGCCAGGGGUCUAGGUCCCUUUCUCCAUUUGGUAACAAGGUCAACGCCAUUGCUCACAAACUCAGCUAUGUGGAACGGGUGGUUCUGGAGAUCAAUGACACUGAAAGGAUGUAUGUCCAGGAUCUGCGCAGUAUUGUGGAGGAAUACCUGGGAGCAAUCAUAGACAGACAGGAGGAUCUCCCCAUAACCCCAGAGCAAGUCAGUGCCCUCUUUGGAAACAUUGAAGAUAUUUAUGAAUUGAACAGUGAGCUGCUUCAAGACCUGGAUAACUGCAGGAAUAACCCCGUGGCCGUGGCCAGCUGCUUUGUUGAAAAGAGUCAGGACUUUGACAUCUAUACCCAGUACUGCACCAACUAUCCCAAUUCUGUGGCCACCCUGACCGAGUGCAUGAGGAAUAAAACCCUGGCCAAAUUCUUCCGGGAGAAGCAGGAGAUGCUGAACCAGUCCCUUCCUCUCGGGUCCUACCUCCUAAAGCCAGUGCAGAGAAUACUAAAGUAUCACCUCCUACUGCAGGAAAUAGCAAAACAUCUUGAUGUGAAGGUGGAAGGGUAUGAGGUGGUGGAGGAGGCUAUUGAAACCAUGACGGGAGUAGCCUGGUACAUCAACGACAUGAAAAGAAAACAUGAACAUGCUGUGCGACAACAGGAGAUCCAGUCUUUGCUGUUGAACUGGAAGGGUAUAGAUCUCACUGCAUAUGGAGAACUGGUGCUGGAGGGAACAUUUCGGAUCCAGCGAGCCCGUAGUGAAAGGACAUUUUUCCUUUUUGAUAAGGCCCUGUUUAUCACUAAGAGACGUGGAGAACACUAUGUCUACAAAACACAUAUCCCGUGUUCAAGCUUGAUGCUGAUUGACAGUGCCCGGGACUCCCUCUGCUUCAGUGUAACUCAUUACAAGAACAGCAAACAGCAGCAUAAUGUGCAGGCCAAAACCGUUGAAGAGAAACAUGUCUGGACCCAUCAUAUAAAGAAACUUAUUUUGGAGAACCACCAUGCGAUUAUCCCCCAAAAGGCCAAGGAGGCAAUACUGGAAAUGGAUAACGUGUAUAAAGGAAGGUACAAAUACAGCCCGGAAAGGCAAAGGAAGACCAUUGAGCCCUCGGUGACCCAGCGCUCAGGACGCAGACAGUCUGCAGGAUUAAAGCAUGCAGGCAGUGAUGGAGAUCUUGAGGACAUCUCACAGCCUUGUAAUGGCAGCUUUGAGCAGCCGGAGGCUGAGGGAGAGAAGGAGAGUCCUGUCCACACACAGCUGAGUAGAAGCUCGGUGACAGAGUUCAGUGCCUCUGAUGAGGAGGAGAUACAGUUGGGAGAUGAUGAUGAUGAUGAUGAGCAGGUAGCUGAUUUUGCCAGCUCCCUACUGGCUGUCAUACAUUGCUGGCACUAUAGAGCCAAGACUUUGCUUUAUACUUGGGGCACUCCUAUGACUAAAGAUCCUGUGCAGAGAGAGGCACCAAAAGGCUGCAAGAGACAAAACAGCCAGUCAUGUGGGAAUGCAGAGAAGAGGAGGAGUGUGGACGUUUCAUCUGGGCAUCAAGAAACUAAAGAUCCUGUGCAGAGAGAGGCACCAAAAGGCUGCAAGAGACAAAACAGCCAGUCAUGUGGGAAUGCAGAGAAGAGGAGGAGUGUGGACGUUUCAUCUGGGCAUCAAGAAGAGAAUUCAGUGCCAGAAGAGAUCUACAAAGCCGUGGUUAUCAGCUCUUCUGAGAAUCAACAAUCCGUCCCCUCGGAAAAUAGAGAGACAGAGAAAGAUGAAAGCUCAGCUCACCCAGAAGUCCAUGAGCAAGUGGAGAAUGAAGAAGCUGAAAGUAGAGAAGACUCAAAGACUUUCAGCAGUGAAGAAGAGGAAGAGGAGGCACCAGCCCAUGAAUCGACAAGUAUCCUCCCUCCUUCUGUUUUGGACCAGGCCAGUGUCAUUGCGGAGAGGUUUAUAAGCAGCAUAUCCAGGAGGAGCAGCAUGGCUUUGGAUGAUGGGAAAGUCAUUGGCUACAUUACCCCCAGAUUAACCAGCCGCUGCAGUAGUUUGAUCAAUCUGAAAUGUACUGACACCAUUAUUUAUCAGAAUGGUACAAGUGACUUCCCAGAACAUUCUAGUGAUACUGUUGUCGAUAUUCUCGACGCCACUCUUAAUAAGGCAAACUCUGCAAGCACGGAGAAUGUGUUUGAAGAGAGGCCCGCAUGUAAGAGAAGGGACUCCAUUCUCUCCAUCCAAGACAGACAACUCCUUGACAAAAUCAAAACUUAUUAUGAUGAUGCAGAACACCAGGAUGCAUCUUUUAGCAUCAAGCGCAGAGAGAGCUUAAACUAUAUCCCCACUGGACUUGUUAGAAACUCUGUAUUUAAGAUUAACAGCCUGCCCCGAUUUGAUACUGCCCAGAGUUCUUUAUCAAGGCAGAGAAUGUCUAGUUCUUCUAGUAAUACCAGUAGACACACUUCCUUGACAGAUCCAAUAUCUAGUGAGCCAGAACAGGUAGGAACCCAAAGUGAACUGAUGGUGGAACCAGCCACAAAUGGUGUGUCAGACCAUUCAGCACCCAUUACUGAUGAAGAGUUCCGGGCACCAGAUGAAAUGAUUAAAGUCUGGGACGAGAUUGAAAAGGUAAAUGCAUGGAAAGAGGCCUCAGCUGUUGCAGAAGCCAACGGUAGUGAAAGCAAAGCACACAAUGACCUUGAAAAUCGUGUGGAAUCUCAUGAACCGCUGCUUAUACUGGAAGACAGUGAUCUGAGUACUAUAGCAGAGGAAUCCCCUCUUCCUACACCAGAAAGCACCUCUCCUAAACAUUUCGGAUCUGUUCUGAGUAACACAGGUUUCAAUGAGUAUAAAACACCUGGGAAGUUACACUCCAAGAUAAUGCAACUGGCCAACUGCAUGGACGAAGACAUGUCGGAGAAGAUGAAGAACAAGGUGUAUCAGCUGGCCAGGCAGUACAGUCAGAGGAUCAAAUGCAACAAGCCAGUACCACAAAGGCAACUGAAGGAGAUCGAGGAGGAUCUCAGAAGGAACAGUCUGCCUGCUGUGCAAGAGGAAAAACAGAAUAAGAAAGAGAAACGCAAGGCAAUAUUGUCACUCCCCACCUACGAUAGCGUUAUACUCCACGAGCAUGCUCCUACAACUCCAACAUCUGCCUUGAGCAGUGACAAAUCCCCCAAGCAUCUGUCCUUUUCUACAUCCAGUGAUAGCCCAGGGGCCCUUUCCCCAGCGAGGGCCGACUGCAGGAGCCCUCUGAGUCCAGUCAAUGCAGAGAGAUUUCAUUGGCCCGACGUCCGAGAGCUGAGAUCAAGGUACACAAGUGCAGCCAGCUCUAGUAAGGCACCUCCAGUCAACAGGAACCAGUCUGUGCCAGAAAGAAUAACCGUGCCCAAUGUGAAGGGCCCUCGUGAGGUGCAACGUAAGGAUGGAAUGAGUCUCUCUUACAGCAUGACCAUGAAACACAUGGAGAAUAUCAGUGGCAACACUAUGGACUCAACACACAAUAACAAAGUACAGACAAAAACUGAGCCUCCUUUACUGAAUAGUAAACCUGACCCACUACUGAGCUGCGCAAAGGCUGGGUAUUAUGUCAGUGCCGAGGCUCCGCUGGACAAUAACAAAAAAGUUAUCGUUAUGCAAAAAAUCUCUGUGCCCACAGACUCCAACGGCUCCUCCACUAAUGACCUGGAGAGCAAUGUAUACGUUCAGAUCAGGUCUCCCACCAGCAGACAGAAGAUCUCUCUCAAAGCUGUGAUUGAGCGAUGCAAAGCCUACCAGGAGUCUGAGGAGUACCGAUCCAGGGAAGAGGAAACCACUGAAUGCACUCAACCAGUUCCUCACCAAGGGCCCAACCCCGAGAGACAAGUGGCGUCAAACUGCGAUGGAAACCAGCAGAACAGAGUCAAGAACUUGAGAGAAAAAUUUCAGACUCGGCACCACUCGUGUAGCUUGAAACAGUCGGAAGUUCACUAAUCUGUACGGAACAUUUCCAUGGAUAGUUGGCUCUGGUAUAAAGUUCAGAGAAGAACACAAAAUUCCUUCUAGCCACUACCCCUCUCACAUGGGGGUAUAUUUAUCAAAGAGUGAAGUUCCGCCACUCUCCAUUCAUUUCUAUGGGAUUUUAAAAGGUGUUUUAACCAAAGGGUGAACUUUCACCCAUUGAUACUCUUUUAAAAAUCCCUUAGAAAUGAAUGGAGAGUGGCGGAAUUUCACUGUGGCGAUCUCUAACUUCACUCUUUGAUAAAUAUACCCCCAUGGUAUCUGUAGGGCUGCUGACUGGCAUCACUUCACUUAUCCUAGCGGCACUUUAUAUAUUGUGGAUUUUAACCUCUUUAUCUGGGGACCAUAAUAACUUCUCAGUUCACUAGCUGGAGAUGUACAACAAUGCCUACAUGGAAAUUUCUACAUUCCUAAUUUGUGCUUUAUUGUUUCUUUUGUAAUGACUAUUUAACCCUCCUUUUACUGAUCCCCAGCACCUCAUAUGUACAGCUGAAGGCAACUGAAAAGUGGGGGUUUCUCAUCAGUGCUUAGAGUCGUUCUGUGUUUUUUGUGCUAUUUAUUAUGUUGUGGUUGAUCUAGAUUUUAAUAUUUCAGGAAAAUGAAUUUGUAAUUUUUUCUCUGUAAUGUAAAUAUAAGUCACUAUAAAGCUCUUUGCGGUAAACUCUG